AUGAGCUUUUCCGUGGAUCGUGCCAAAGUUAAGCUUGCAGCGCUGGUUCCCACGCAGCAGAGCAUCCAGACGACGUCGCAAUGGAUUAUGUUCCACUACAGGGAGGCGCCUACCAUUGUGGAUUUGUGGGUCAAGGAAAUCACGUCUCAGCCUAACAAAUUGACUUUAUUCUACCUGGCCAACGACAUCGUCCAAUUGAGCCGUAAAGACCCUAGAAACGCUGGUUUCACCGAAGGAUUCAAAAAAGUGCUCCCACAAGUGCUUCAACAGAUCAACCCAGGCGCGGACAGACCCAAGUUCCUCAAAGUUUUGCAGGUCUGGAAAGACAGAAAUAUUUAUCCGAGCGAUUACGUGAAUAAACUAAUGAGCCUAGUAGGAGAGCAGCCAGCACAGACCCUCGCGCAGCACAAAACUCAUCAGACGGAGCCUGCGGCGUAUCAAAAAUGUCCUUCAGAACUGAUCGAGGCGGCUCUUCAGUAUGACCAUCUGAGACAGAUAUCCUCUGCCACUAGCACGAAAUUUGCCAGUCUCUCGGAAACGUACCAAAGCACCUUAAAGGCAGAAAAUCUCCCUGAACCGCAUAUCCUGGUCGGCCAGCUGGAAGGGCUUGUGAAGGGCAGCGAGGCUCUGGAAACAAGCAUAAAAAAUCAGACAGAGCUGAGGGAAAAACUCAUUGAUAGCCUGCAGUCUCUCAUUCAGGUCCAGCGAGACUGGAUAAACCUCGAUAAGACGAAACUAGAAAAAUUGGAAUCGAUGAAAAACUCUGCCCAACAGCGCAAGACAGAGAUCGAAAGCACUCUCAAUAACGAUGACGACGACGAAGAGCUGCCCACAUAUAAGGGCGACGAGGACGACGAGGACGUGCCUGGCUACAGCAACGGGGACGAGGCUCCCAGCUACGGCAAUGGAGACGAAGCGCAGGACGACGACGUUCCUACCUACGAGACUCCUUCGGAUUUCAUUUCCAGCUUUGCAGCCGAAAGCAAACGGCCCGCUCCAGAAGACGCCGAAAAGCCGUCUGCCAAACGCCAGGAGAUUCCUGUCAAUGUAGAUCUCAAUGCUCUGCUGAGCAAAUUGCAAUAA